AUGCGGCGAGGGCGCGAGGCUGUGCCCCACCUAGCAUGGGAGCCCUCCGCUUCCCUGCUCCCACUCGCACCGUCGCACGGUGAGGAGAUGCUCGAGCUCGGCCCGCCUCCUCUCCUCGUCCUCAGCGCAGGGAGGCAAGUCGCCAUUGUGGGGAAGAAGGCGAGCGUCGCUGCCGCGAGAAAGAAGGCAACCAGUGAUGGCGCUGGCACAGCUCCCCAACGCCCCUGUGCUCCCUCCCCAACAGGCGGUAUGCAGCGCACCAGCAGUUGCUAG